CACCCGGGGAGCGGUCUGGGGGAGGAGGGCCAAGGCAGCUGGUCUUGGUUCGCGACGUGGUCCAAUACUGGUGUAAAGGGGACGCAGAAAGCAGUCCUGACGAAGUCCGAGCAAGGUCUGUAGCUGAGUCGAAGGAAGAGGCUCUGACUGCCCGCCACUCUCCACCCUGGAGACGUAACGCGGGCCCCGACGCGUCGCAAACCUUUAAAUGGUCCCGGGCGCAGGGAGAAGAGGGCGAGUCGCGGGCGCCUGGCGUCCAGCCGUAGCUCCGCCCAGCCAAUAGGCGCUCCGCCGCGGGCAAGACUCCAGCCAAUCGCGAUCCGCGGCUCGGCUCCGGGGCGGAGCUAGGUGGCCAGAGGCCAGACUGAGAGGCCCGGGGGAAGCGAGCGAGGCUCUUACCCAGCCCUGGUGGGUCGCGACGCUGCAGGCGUUCCGGGAGGUGGUCGCUGCGAACCUGGCCGCUGAGGGCAUCAUGGUGGGAGGCUUGAAGAGGAAACACUCUGAUUUGGAAGAGGAGGAGGAGGAAGAUGGGAAGUGGGACUGGAGCCCAGCAGGUCUUCGGAACUACCAGCAAGCCCUGCUGCGCAUCUCCCUGGACAAAGUCCAGCAGCGCAGCCUGGGUCCCCGAGCACCCAGCCUCCUCAGGCAUGUCCUCAUCCACAACACCCUGCAGCAGCUCCAGGCCUCCAUACGCAUGGCUCCAGCACCUGCCCUGCCCCCUGAGCCCCUCUUCUUGGGUGAGGAGGAUUUUUCCCUGUCUGCCACCAUUGGCUCCAUCCUCAGGGAGCUGGAGACCUCCAUGGAUGAGACAGAAGCACCGCAGAAUCCAGUGGCUUCCCCAGGCCUCCAAAACGAAGUGCUGCCCCAGCCUGAUCCAGUCUUCUUAGAAACCCUGAGCUCCCGGUACUUGGGGGACUCUGGCCUGGAUGACUUCUUUCUGGACAUUGACACCUCUGCAGUAGAAAAGGAGCCUGCACUGGCCCCUCUGGAGCCUCCACACAGCCUCUUCUGUGCCCCAGGAUCCUGGGAGUGGAAUGAACUCGAUCACAUCAUGGAAAUCAUUCUGGGGUCCUAAACGUGAUGGAGGAGGUCCUUCCUCAUAUCAGCCAUGAUGGACUAGAUCCAUGGAUGCAGCUCUUGAGUGUGUGUGUGUGUGUGUGUGUGUGUGUGUGUGUGUUGGUGGGGGCUCUGAAUAGUGACUGGCCUCCUUUCCUCCCAUUUCAGGGUUCCACAAACUGUCUUGCAUGUGUGUGUCUGGUUACCCCAGCCUUCUGUGAAGGUGGAUCUUCCUGAUUUAAUUUAUCUGUUCCAAAUGCCUUAAAGGGGCUCCGUUUCUGGGAGUCUGAGUUCUCACACAUUUCUUCCGCCUUCUCCCUCCAGUUCCCACUACCCUUUUGACCACUGGGGCCUCAGGGAAGAUGGAGCUGGGCCUGUUAAGAGGUUGACAAGGGUGUGCUGCCAGGUUGCUCUGGAAACCCAGGCUCUUGUCUCUUGAGGGAAAGGGAGGGGCCGGUCUCCUCCACACCCCAGUUCCUUGGCAGGACCCCAGUCCCAGCAUCCUCCUGAUUCAUUACCAGGCCGGACCACGUGCAAUAGAGUGGAAACCAAACUGCUCCAUGCCGCAUUAUUUAAAUAAAGGCAGGGUUUGUGGUGGCUUUGUGUGUUUGUUUGUUUAUAAGUUUUUUUAAAUAAAAGUAUUUUGGAAGGAA